UGGUGUAGAUAGCUGAGGGGGAUUCAGUUGGGUUGUUUUGUCAGGGUCUCCUUCAGCCCAUCAAUUCCCAGAGAAAGGAAUACAACUUUUACCUUUCCUGCCCUUGGGGAGAUCAUGGAUCGGGCCCUGAACAUUAGAGGGCCACUGCUGGUGCUGCUCCUGCAGCUUGUCCUUAUUUGCUCCUCUCAACGGAAUGAAGGACCUCCUGGCCCUCCUGGACCUGCAGGUGUCCCAGGAAUUGACGCCGUUUCUGGGGAAAGGGGAGCAGAUGGCGAGGAUGGACUUCCCGGACCUGAUGGUGAUUCAGGUAAACCCGGCUCCUCGGGAUUACCUGGAAUACCUGGAAAUGACGGUCUGACUGGCCCUGUUGGAGAUCCUGGGUCCGACGGUCCCCCAGGACAGAAAGGUGAACCUGGGAAAGCCGGACCUCGUGGGACAGCUGGUGUUGGACCAGAUGGACCCCCCGGACCACUUGGGCAUGGAGGACUUCUAGGUGAAGUGGGAAAAGUUGGACCACCUGGUGCCAUAGGUGUGAGAGGACCACAGGGACCUCGAGGACCAACAGGGCCCAGAGGCGCAGCUGGAAUGCUUGGCAGUGCUGACCUGUGUCCAAACUCUUGUCCACCUGGAACUUCUGGACAUCCGGGCCUUCCUGGCAUGAAGGGUCACAAAGGUGUAAAGGGUGACGCAGGAGAACCAGGAAAACAAGGACACAAGGGUGAGGAAGGAGAACAGGGAAGUUCAGGAGAGGUCGGAGCCCAAGGACCGAGGGGCUCUCAGGGAAAUCGUGGAGCCAUGGGGAUGAUGGGCCCCAAGGGUGAGCUGGGACCUCGGGGUCAUGAUGGAGAACCAGGUCCCCAGGGUGUCAUGGGAGCAACUGGGGAUCAAGGUCAAAGAGGUGCGAUGGGUGAGCCUGGGCCUACAGGUGAAAAGGGUACUCUAGGGUCAAGAGGAAUCACAGGUGUGCCAGGUCCCAAAGGAGAUGCUGGUUUAUCAGGUCCAGAUGGUCGAGAAGGUAUACCUGGGAUGCCAGGAGCAAAGGGAGGCAUUGGAAAGUCGGGCGUUCCUGGAGAGGUCGGACUUCAGGGGUUUCCUGGGAUGCCUGGUACAUAUGGACCAAAAGGCUUGAAUGGCCCUAAGGGAGAUUCUGGUGAACCAGGCUUUGCUGGAACAAUAGGACCUGCUGGCAAAACAGGUGAGCGCGGAGAACAGGGAGAGGGCGGAUCUGUUGGACCCAUUGGUGAACCAGGAGCUAUAGGAGCGCAGGGUCCUGUAGGUUCAUCUGGAAAACUAGGCGCCAGGGGACCCAUAGGUGACCCUGGACUUCCUGGUCUCCCUGGUCCCUCUGGUCAUCCUGGGGUGAAAGGAGAGCGGGGAGAACGUGGAGAAGCAGGACCCAAAGGAGACCAGGGAGCACAAGGUGAUGAGGGAAACCCUGGUGACAAAGGCGAUGGUGGUGAAUCGGGAGAAUCUGGAACCAAAGGGGAGGUUGGCAACCUUGGCGAGACUGGAAAACGAGGUCCUGAGGGUAGUCGAGGGCAGCCUGGCAUCGAGGGGCCUUCUGGCUCACCUGGACCCCGGGGCAUGCAGGGAAACAGAGGUCCACCUGGAGUCAGAGGGUCCCAGGGGCCUGCGGGCAAAGAGCCAAGUGAUCAGCACAUCAAACAAGUUUGCAUGCGAGUCAUGCAAGAACAGCUGGCCCAGUUAGCAGCUAGCUUAAGGAGGCCAGAAUCCGGCGCAGCUGGUUUACCUGGAAAACCUGGACCUCCAGGGCCUCCUGGGGCUGCAGGAGACAACGGCUUCCCCGGGCACUCCGGAACGAGGGGUCUCCCGGGACUCAAAGGGCCACCAGGACCUCUAGGAUUGAAAGGACCAAAAGGCGAAAUAGGAGACAGAGGCUCCAGAGGGCCCACUGCACGAGGACCCAAAGGUCAACCAGGACCUCCUGGAUUUCCAGGUGAACCAGGCAAAUCCGGCUAUGGUCAGGAUGGUCGGGACGGGCAGAGGGGACCCCCUGGAACUCAUGGACAGCCCGGUGCACCUGGAUCUCCUGGUGCAGCUGGUCCUAAUGGUUACUGUGACCCGUCCUCCUGCAACCUCCAGGCAGGAGCUGCUCACCAGUCUCUGGAUGUGAAGGGGCCUGCAGGGAACUAAGAGACACACUGGCAGAGACAGAAAGACUGUUGGAUUAUCUCCCCUGAGCACAAAACAUUUUUCACACUCCCUUCCCUUGGGCUGCGGUUGUUAUGGCGCCUUCAAUCCAUUAACCUCUAGACUUGUGAGCAUGUUGUUGUGCCAGCUGCAUCUCCAUCAGAAGGAGCCUUCUGUAAAAUAAAAAAAGAAAGAAAAGAAAACACAAAACAUGUUUUCUGUGCUACCAGAAAGAUGUUUUGAUUCAUUCAGGGCGAGGGUUCAAAUUAACGAGUUCAAAUGAAAUGAUGAGUGUUCAUCCCACUCUCCUUGCCUGCGUUUUCUUGUCCUCUUCUCGAUUUAUGCUCUUUUCUCAUAUAGAAGCUCCUCCACUCUCUCACACAACACUUAAUAAUCACCCAAGUCAAAUCAGAAGCGCUUGUGCACCAAAGACUCACCAGCAGAGACCAUCUUUCGAUUUUUGCACGUCUCAACAUCUUUUCAGUGCAGUGGUUCAAAAUAAAAAGGAGAGCGGACGAGGCUGUUAUCAAGUCACACUGACUUCAGUUUAUGUUGUAAAUCUGUAAAAAAAAGAAAUGUUUGAAUUUGUGGUUUUAUUUCCUACAAACAACCUAGUGUGAGGUUUUGCCUCAAUGUACAGUAAGAGAGUGCAACUGUGCAGAUACGGGAAUAUAUUUUAGGAAUGAAGGAAAUAAGAAAUAAAGAAAGCGACACACA